GAUCAAGUCCUGAACAACCUCCGAGUAGCAGCAGACCGCACUUAUUUUAUGUCUUUUCUCCAGCAUGUCUCCUGUUGAGUGAAGAACGGCGAGAGAAAGCAGAAGUCAGACCCUCUGGAGAGCUAUGAACCGGGAGAAGGUGCAGGUCGGCGACUCCAUCGCGCCAGCCGGGGCCGGUGUGAUCGUGGUCGCCCCGCAGGACGUCAUGGACGACAAGCGCCUCGCUGCCGGAGAACUGCCAGUGUUUAACUGUGCCGGAGGAAGAGACGCUUUACCGGCGGAAAGCCGAGAAACCUCACCGAGACACGAGCCGGUUCCCGCGGGCGCGCCGCCUACCGUCCACCGGACCACCUCAUUCUCGGUUCUGGACAUUUUGGACCCAAAUAAAUUUACUAGUAAGAGGCAAACGCCUAACCGGACAGGUUGUGAAUUCGCGUUUGGUGCAGAAAAUAGAAGUGAUGACUCAAAUCACACGAUCGAGCACAAGUCUUAUCAAGAGGACUAUGACUGUAAAAAAACAUCAGGGAUUUUAAAGGACGGGUUCGUGUUCCGGUCAGAUGAAUGUGAGUCUGAUUUCACCCGAGGGAAUCAGUCGGACAGUGAACUCCAGGAGGAUCUGUGCAGUGAAGAGAGCAGCGCCCUGACCGGGAACAACGAGGCUGAGUUCGGACAGCACGAGGACGACGACUCGUUAAGCAAAAGUCCAGAUGGACAGCAGACACAGCAGUCCUCGUCAAACGGACAGAAUCAUCAAGUAAAACCCAAACGGAAGCGCUCCGGAUCAGACUCAAAGUCUGGCAAACCCAGAAGAGCCCGGACUGCGUUCACGUACGAGCAGCUGGUGGCUUUGGAGAACAAGUUUAAGUCGACGCGGUACCUGUCCGUGUGCGAACGCCUCAACUUGGCACUGUCAUUGAGCUUGACGGAGACUCAGGUGAAAAUAUGGUUUCAGAACCGCCGGACCAAGUGGAAGAAACAGAACCCGGGCGCGGACACGAGCGCGCCGACCAGCGGAGGCGGAGGCGGGAACGGACCGAGCAACGGGCUCGGCGGCCUGAGUCCCCUGAGCCCGUCUCCUCCUAUGGGCGGCCAUCUGUCCAUGCACACCAGCUAUCCGGGUCACACGCCCGGUGGCCUCGUCUGCACCACGCAGUUACCAUUUCUGCCGGGUCACGCGGUACUGUCACCCUUCAUGCUGGGCUCACAGACUUACGGGGCGCCCACAUUUUACGCGCCGCACUUAUAAGAACAGAACUACGGGGAGGGUGGAGAAAUAUCCGGUCAAACCCGGGACAGAAACAUUUUUAACUUGAAGCACUACGUCGACACACACUUGCAAAGACAUUUGAUAGGUUUGUCUCUUGAAAAGCGAAAUGUAUUUCAACCUUGCUGCACUGUGGCAAAUACAGAAUUAAGUUUACGAAUCAUUCGGCAAUAUGUGCUAAUAAUUCGAUUUAAUUUCGAUUUGCUUCGUUUUGAUAAAAUGUGAAUAUUUCUCUAGGUCAAACUGUAAAUAUUCAGUUAUUAUGAAAUGUGUUUAGACAUUAACUUUGGAUGCAAAUGUAGUAGGGAAUAAAAUGGUAUGUAUUGAAGCAAAGAAUGAGAAAAUUGUUGGACUAAUUUUGUGUACAAACAUAGGCCUAAAGAAAAGUUUAUCUUGAUUUUUUUUUACUGUGGGC